UGGGACAGAGUAUAGGGAAGACUUGCUUUUUCUCCCCGACUCCGUCUUGUCCAUCCAAUCUUCAGAAGGGCUCACCUUUGAACCUCCGCGCGGGAUCACGGGGUUGCUGUGACCCAGAGAGACAGGAGAUCCACGAUGGGACUGGAGGACACCCAACAGCAUGAGCAUGAACCGGUCACACAACCCAAGGAACCGGCGCCAACAGUAGUUCGCAAAAAGUUCGCCAAACCGCCCGUGAAAGUAGCAUGUUUGGCUUGUCGCGCUUCGAGAACGCGUUGUGAUGGGAAGGAGACAUGCUCCAGCUGCGCGAGCAAGGGGAGAAAGUGCAGUUAUCUCCCCAGCAAACGAGGAGGGCCUCGAAAGAAGAAAUCCACAGUGCCUCCUUCGUCUACGACUGUGCAGCAAGAUGCGUCCUGGAAUCCUGUUCCUAUUCCAGUCAGCAGAUUCGAUGAAUCGGCGGGGAUGUUCAACCAGAUCGACCCACUGGCUCUGCCUGGAGCUGGACUGAGGCAUCUUGACUUCCCAACUGAGGUCCAGUCGAUGUUUGAAGACCUGUUCGCCCCAGGCGACGGAGCAAAUCCACACGUCCAGAUGGAACCGGCUCCUGCGGUGCCCCCGAAGCCAUCGAUGGUCAGAGCAUACGGCAGUGAGCCAGAUAUACUGAACGCUUAUUAUGAUUUCAUCCAUGCUUACUUUCCUAUCCUGCCUCCAAGAGCCGCCCUUCCUUACGCUGAUCGCCCAUUGAAUGGGCUAGGUUCUAGUGCUAAUGCUUUGUCGGAAGAGCUUUCUCUUUUGUAUCAACCAUCUUCUCCCUUGAGCCUUGCUAUCUCCGCUAUAUUAGCUCUCGUACCACAUCCAGACGAUCCGGAACCGACGUCUGCCAAUUCAGUCCUACUUCGAAGAUCAUAUGCGCAAAAGUUUGCCGGGCUAGCAAUAACAUGCAUCGAAGCAGACCAAGAACUUAUCGAUUCUUCCACUGACCCCUCUCAGGCUUUGUCGAAUGAGACGCCUAUCAUAAACAGAGCGCCGUUCCAUCCUAAAACGCCUGUUGAACUCGAAGGUAUUCUUGCGCUACUUGUAUUAUGUACAUAUGAGUAUGCACAGCGCGGGAAUCUAUCCAAGAUGAAAUACAGGGCUGGACAAGCAUUGACCUUGGCGAUGAAUAUGUCACUACACUCGUUGGGGGAGGAAUAUGACGAGUUCGCAGAAGCCCGACGGCGGGCAUGGUGGAUGACUUACUACUGCGUGCUUCAAAGCUCGAUUUCCGGCAUAGCUCCACCAACGAUCACCAUCGACGACCCUCGUUUCGUGACUCCUUAUCCCAGUUUUCCAUCGGAUCCCGAGGGCUGGUCAAUAUUGAUGCAAGCGCAGCAGGUGCUGGUCUCAGCGACACAAUUCACGCUUGAUCUGAACAGAUGCCUGAGAUCUCGCUCGAACAUGAAAUAUAUCUGUGACAGAAUGCAGCAACUCGAUGCUUGGGCCAGUUCCGUAAUGGCACGUGCAAAUACUCCUCCAAGCGGCCCGCGCUCUUCGCUUUACGAAGAUCCGUCGGAGGCACUGACUGCACAUUCUAUACGAGCUAUAUCAAGGAUCAAGAUAUCGAGUGCACAUCUCAAGACCCAUCGAUUCCGUGCAUUCUCGGACAUUCCCAUCUUCAUUAAGAAGCACUGCGACCUUGCCGCUGCGAAGUCCGACCCUGCCCAGACAGAUAAGACCUAUAACCUGAACAGGCGUCCAAGCGGUAUAAGUCGACUGUCUUGUUCAUGUUCCAGUAUGGAACCCGUUCCGCGUCCUCAGGCACGGGAGUAUGCCCCUUCGCCGUCAGAUUCUUCGAGUUCGUCAGGAUCUGUAUCUUUGGGCUCGCAAUACUCCUUCCUCGAAACCGGCUUUCCCUUCACCAGCCAACAUUCAGCAAAGGUUUGCCUGCGGGCUGCCCUGAUCAUAGCGCGCAUGUUUCAGAGUCUACCGUUCCCGAGACCACUAUACUCGGCGGAAAAGCAGAAUGGGUCUGCUGUUCCAUCGGCCUCCCAAGAAUACGUAGACCCAGCUUCGCUAGAUCCCCGCACUCAGCUGCCUCGCACGAUGCCGUCAUUUGCAUGUUGUGCGAUGCAAAGUAGCUAUGCAAUGUUGAUGCUCUUCUACAAAACGCGCGUUGCGAAGCAGCUUUCUCCAGACUCCGAAGGCGGUAACAAUUCAUCGUCUGAACGACUAGUCGAAGAAUUACGGAGCGGACUUGAACGAAUCAUCGGGGCAAUGAAGAAUUAUUCCAGGGCCUUUGAGGCACUAGACGGCAUGAGAGACGAGAUCGAAGGUGCUUUCCAGACCGCAUUUCCCCAACAAUGACGAACUUCUCGGAUAUUCUACUUUGUCUGUAUAUGUUCCAGCAGGAUUGGCUAUCAGAAUCUUAAUAGGGAAGAAAUGCCCACCACAGAACGGCCUCCUCAUGCCGAUUUAAAAGCUGGCCAUCAGCAGUGACCCGCUUUCUUGAGAAUAGGCGUCUCUUGAAGAA